AUGUAUCGUGCCCUUCUCUUCCUGGCUUCGAUUCCACUCUUCUAUUCUGUGCCGGUAUCCAUUCGUCCGAAAAAGCCCAUCGUUGGGGCAUUAUGGAAUCUGGGGCAAAUGGGCGAGUGUGAACUUCAUUACCACCCUCUGUGCUACAACAAUUAUGGCUGUUGGUGUGGUGUUGGAGGAUCACACGAGCCGGUCGAUGGCAUUGAC